AUGUCUGACGCCAAGCAUGAUCUAAGCAAGCCGAACGAUGCGAAAAGUGACAUUGAAAAUGGAGUAGUUGAUACAUACACCAGAGAUGAGGCAGAUGUUUUCCUUCAAGAACAUGACAUCUCAGAAGAACGGCUGGCUCAGUUGAUGUCAGACGAGGCGUCUCUCAAACGUCUCCGUCGAAAAGUCGACUGGCUCUUAAUGCCUCUCUUGUGCGGAACGUACUUGCUGCAAUAUGUUGACAAGCAAGCACUUGGUUACUCUGCUGUCUUUGACCUUUUCUCCUCAACGGGGAUGACGAGCGAUCAAUAUAGUUGGAUGGCUUCCAUCUUCUACUUCGCCUACCUCGCAGCAGAGUGGCCCAUGUCCUACUUGGCUCAGCGUUUGCCCACGGGGAAAGUCGUUAGCGCCUGCGCCCUCAGCUGGGGAAUUGUUCUUUUAUGCACUGCUGCCGCUAAAGACUUUCCUGGUCUAGCAGUGUCUCGGUUCUUGUUGGGCGUCUUUGAAGCUGUCGUUACGCCAGCCUUCAUGCUUAUCGUGUCUCAAUGGUUUGCCAUUGAGAAGCAACCAGCCCGAGCUGGCUUGUUCUACUGCUUCAACGGCUUUGGCAGCAUGUUCGCUGGUAUUCUUUUCUACGGUGUCGGUCAGGCCAAAGGUUGGGAUGUCUGGCGCAUCAUCUACAUCCUUUGCGGUGGACUAACAAUCGUAUGGGCCGUUAUUCUAUACUUCUUUUUGCCCGACAACAUUCUCACAGCGAAGAGUUAUUCCAUCGACGAGCGAGCGAUGCUUAUCGGCCAGAACAAGCGCAGCCGAACAGGUGUCUUCAACCGCCAGAUCAAGUUCUACCAGGUAAAGGAGGUUUUCACAGACGGCCAGAUCUGGCUUCUCUUCUUCUACACCUUGCUCAACGAGACCAUCAAUGGAGGAAUUGCAAACUUCUCGAAACUCAUUGUGAAGGGGUUCACAAGCGACCCAUUGCUCACCACCGUGUAUGGAAUUCCCUACGGAGCGUGCACCGCGUUUUUUAUGUUUACUGGACCAUUCGUGGCUAGUAGGGUCAAGAACUUCCGCACGAUCGUGAUGAUAAUCUGGCUGAUGCCGACUUUGGUCGCCGUAACUCUCUUUUGGCAACUUCCUCGAACCAAUAAGGGAGGGUUGUUGACUGGUUACUACCUGUGCGCCUCAUUCGUCGGUUCGCUCAUUGUUGCUUUGCAGAUGCCUGCAUCGAACGUGGCCGGCUACACAAAGCGAACAACAGCGACCGCUUUCGUGUUUCUCGCCUACUGCAUCGGAAACAUCAUUGGCCCACACGGGUUCCUUGGGAGGGAAGCACCUAUUUACCAGACUGGAUGCAAAUUGAUUAUCGGCUGCAUCUGUGGGCAAAUAGUGAUUGCUGUUAUGUUGCGAAUGUUGUUGAUCUGGAGAAAUAAGCAAAGAGAUGCUGACACCAGUGUGCCAGCCGAGACGGAAAGGAUCGAGGAUAUCACGGACUUUGAGAACCCUCAUUUUAGAUACGUGUACUGA